UCCCUUUUUGCUGUCAAUCGUAGCAGUCGGUGCCACCGGAGUGCCCGUGGCCGUGGACUUAUUUCCCGCCAGGAAUCGACAAAUUGGACAUCAACGAACUAUUCCAGAAGAUGCUCUUCUUUCUGCUACCUGUCGUGGCUCUCUUGCUGAGCAGAACGACGGUGUCCGGUAACAGUAACGACAAAUGGCUGAGCACCGUGGCUCAGUUCAACAAGGACAGAUCCUGGAACAGAUUCAGAGAUGAUGACUACUUCAAAAGCUGGGCUCCUGCCAAGUCUCUGGACCAAGAGCGAGAGGCUGAACCAAGCAGAUAUGGAGACCCGGGAACCAAAGCUCACUCUAGCUCAGCCAAGAAGACAGUCCAGGAUGGUGCAGACGCCACCAAGGACCCCUGUCUGAAGGUGCGCUGCCCUGCUCACAAGGUGUGUGUCAGCCGUGACUACCAGACAGCCAUCUGCACCAAUCACAAGCAGCCGGCUCACAGUGGGAAACCCAGGAAAGGCGGUGCAGGCCACAAGCACAGGCUUGAAGCUACUGCUCAUGGGAAAUGUAGGAUUUGCUUGGGGCUCCAGUCAAGUCCUGUAUGUGGAUCUGAUGGACACACCUACUCCUCCAGGUGUAAGUUGGAGUUCCAGACCUGCCUGUCUGGGAAGACGAUCUCAGUAAAGUGUGAUGGGCUGUGUCCCUGUUUACCUGGUCAGCAGCUCAGCAAACCACCACAUAAGACGGAAAAGGCUGCCUGCACUGACACAGAGCUCCACAGUCUGGCUGCAAGACUAAAGGACUGGUUUGGAGUCCUCCACCUCGACGCCAACAGAGACCUCAAAUCCUCUGACAGCUUUGACUCCACCAUAGGACACUUUGACACCAGCAUCUUGCCCAUCUGUAAGGACUCACUGGGCUGGAUGUUCAACAAGCUUGACCUGAACUUUGACCUCCUACUUGAUCAAUCGGAGCUAAAUGCCAUUUACCUGGACAAGUAUGAGCUGUGCAUGAAGCCCCUCUUCAACUCCUGUGACUCCUUCAAGGAUGGGAAGCUGUCAAACAACGAGUGGUGCUACUGCUUUCAGAAACCUGAGGGACUGCCCUGCCAAGCUGAGAAGAGCAGGAUCCAGAACCAGAGUCGAAGGAAGAGCCUCAUAGGCUUUUAUAUUCCCCGCUGUACUGAGGAGGGCUACUUCAAACCAACCCAGUGUCAUGGCAGCACUGGCCAGUGUUGGUGUGUGGACAAAUAUGGCAACGAGAUUGCUGGCUCCAGAAAACAAGGCAACCCGAACUGCGAUGAGGACCAGGAGACAUCGGGGGAUUUUGGCAGCGGCGGUGCCGUCAUUCUCCUGGGCGACCAGGAGGAGGAGCCAUCACAGAGCGGGCAGAAGAAAAGACGGGGACGGAUUCACCCCCGAGGAGCCAUCGAGGACGAUGAGGACGGGGAAGACGAUAAGGAUGACGAGAUUGGCUACGUUUGGUAGUUUCGCUCCAUUUUAUUCUGCCAUCAGCCGACCAGGAAACUCAGCACAGAUCUGAAGCCAUUCCAAUGUCUCCUCCUCCAGUUACUUUAGCAGCAGUCCAUUGUUUGGCUCCUGAACUUACUCUUGUGAUCUCUUUCCCUUUUCCAUGUCUCUCUCUUCAGUGAACCUCAUCCAACCUCUUCAUUUUCAAGUGUUUCCCUUUCAGAUGGAAAACAGAGGACAUGUUAUGUUUCAACAACUGUCAAGACCUUGUCAGAUUUCUGCUCAAGCUGUCCACUUUCUGCCACUGCCUUCCCCCAAACCUGCCAUCUUCAACCUCUACUAACAUGGACUCGCUUCUCUAUUUUCCCUUUUACUCCCCCUCUGCCUCUUUCUUUCUCCUAUUCUGUCCCUCUCUCCUAUGCCGGUAUGUCUAUUUCAGAGCCUCUGGUCAGUCUGUGAGUCCAAAUACAUCAGCUGAUGUACUGGAUGUAAAUAUGUUUCCUCCAGGAAGGCCAGAUUGUGGAUUAAACCUUCCCAUCAGUGGUUUUAUUCUCAUGCUCUGUGUUGCUUCAAUGUUCAAAGAUGUUCCCAUAACAUGCUCCAAGCUCUGAUAUGCUCACUCUGUUAUUUCAUGGAGGAUUGUAAAUUAUUUAAUUGUUGAUCUUGAAUGUCCCAGCAAGCCCAGAAAGCAAUGAGAUAAAUGAUGUAUUGUCGUUGUUGUUGCAUGUUUCUCAUCGUGUUUCUGUAAAAAAGAGAUUUACCUGGCCAGGUCUAGCUCGAUGCAUCUCAAACAGAAAGUGAUGCCGUUUGGCUGAUACAAUACUUUGUUGCUAUGUUGAUGCUGUCUAGUGUCUUUUUGGUUCUUCUCCCAAUCUCAGGAGGUAGGAAGUGGCAUUGCAGAGCGGUAGCAUUGUAGAAAAAUCGAACCACAAGGCCUACAGUCCAAACUUAUGGCGUUUCGGCCAGCUGUUCUUCUACUAAUUGGUCGGUUGGGCUUCUGAGGCUGUUUGGCUGUGAAUAGACAUUAGAGGAAGAAGCUGCUCCUGAGCUGGGAGGACACAUGAAGUCGGGCGAGCAGAUAUGUUCGUGAUUUAAAAUUGAAAUCCUCACCAUGUCAACUACGUGAACUUUUAUUUGUAACUUUGAACAUUUCAGUAAAGUGGCACUUUGGGUGUCUUUUGAACCUUA